UCGUGACCAUGUCGAAGAACAUCCUCGGGCACGGUUAAGUGGAAACCCCUUCCAGACGUGGUGCUUGGUGGCAAUCAGUAGUGAAUCGAAUAAAUUAUUUUCCCAGCAUCCGACGGCGGUGUAGGACGGUGAAGGGCCAAUCGCCAAUCGAACUGUUCGACGACGAGUUGUAGGACAAGAGGGCUGUCGGUUGAAGUCGACGCCAAACAGCAAAACUAACACAGCAGGAAGAAGAAGUCAAUAUCAGCAGCCAGGGAAGCUUGAGCAGCAAGCAGAAGCGGCCAACAAUGGAGGUUGUUUACAUGCAAAUUACAAUGGUGCUCAUACUGAUAGUGAAAUGUUUGCACGGAUCCCUGUCCGCCACGUUACAAGAAGCGAGUCCCCAGCAACCGCCGGCCGAUCCGGAGCCCGAGUUCGAGGGCACCAUCCAGAACGUGACGUUCCCCGCCGGCCGGGAGGCCGUGCUGACGUGUUCUGUCAAGAACCUGGGCCGCUACAAGGUGGGCUGGUUGCGCGCCUCGGACCAAACCGUGCUGGCCCUGCAGGGUCGGGUCGUCACGCACAACAACCGGAUCAGCGUGGUUCACGAGGACAUGCGCACGUGGCGGCUGCGGAUACGACAGUUGCGCGAGUCGGACCGGGGCUGCUACAUGUGCCAGAUCAAUGCCAGCCCGAUGAAGAAGCAGAUCGGCUGCAUCGAUGUGCAGGUCCCCCCGGACAUAAUCAACGAGGAGUCGUCGGCAGAUAUCGCCGUGCAGGAGGGCGAGGACGCGACGAUCGUGUGCAAGGCGGUGGGCCAUCCCACGCCCCGUGUCACCUGGAAGCGCGAGGACGGCGAAUAUAUGCUGCUGCGGAAGCCCCAGAGCCGGGAGCUGAUUAGAGUCGAAUCCUUCAACGGCACCCACCUGCAUCUGCCCAAACUGGAACGGAGACAGAUGGGGGCGUAUCUGUGCAUUGCGUCGAACGACGUUCCUCCGGCAGUCAGCAAACGGGUUUCCCUCAGCGUACACUUUGCGCCCUCGGUACGUCCGACGAGCCAACUUCUGGGCGCCCCGCUCGGGUCGGACGUGCAGCUCGAGUGCACCGUCGAGUCGUCCCCGAUGCCGGUGUCCUACUGGCUGAAAGGGGGCCGCGUACUGCCCCCCAACUUUGCCGGCAUCACCAACGGCGUCUACGAGCAGGGCCAGAUGAGGCCAGAAAUGCUCCUCGAUGGGCCCAAGUACGGCAUCACCGAGGAGCGGCACGGCUUCCGGACGAACAUGCGGCUGGUGGUGCGAUUUUUUUCGCCAAACGACGUCGGUACCUACCACUGCGUCAGUACCAACUCCCUGGGGAAGGCCGACGGAACGAUGAGACUGUACGAAAUAAAAAUUCAUCCGGGUGGAGUGCAAACAAGCGACGAUCAAUUAAAUAUAAUUGGAGGUCUGGCGGAGGCCGCCCGAGGUCGGGGCAACUCGAGUGCCAAUUCAUUAGUGUCCGGUCGCCGGCCUUGGCUGUCGGUGCUGCUCGUACUGCUGGCCUCCUCGAUAUUGGUAACACUGGGCUCGGCCAACAGAUGACAGCACCACCACCACCGGCACCCAAACAGGACGACGACGACGAGGAUGGUGUUAGCAUAAGUCAGCGCCACUGUCGGGGCAGUAAAUGGCACGGCACGGCAAGUGUGUUUGUAUGUGUGUGAAUGUGUGAAGAUGUGUAUGUGUGCAAUCGGCCAAAUUAAGGUGAGAAAUCGAGUGUGAGUAUGAUUGAGAGUGUGAAAAUCACAGCUGAGCUACUUUUGCUACAAUAAUGGCGAAGAAAAAAGAAGAAAAAAACUGAAUUUAAGAUAAUAACAAUACAUGAUAGCUAAUUGAUAACGGAAGAAAAAUCCAAAACACAAAACCAAACUAUUGAAUCCAUUCUCCUUCUCUGUGCGUAAAUCAAAGUGAAACGAAAAGCUGCUUGUAGAAUGUUACACAAACAAAAACAAAAGAAAAACGAAUCGAUUGUAAUCCGCAAGAUCGAAUGUAAAUUUUAACGACUAAACAUAGAUACUGCUUAUACCAUA